AUGCUAGUACGCAAGGAGUACGUCUUUAAAGUGGCCAGUGGGGUCCCAAUAGCCGCGGACGUUUAUUUUAGAAAGGCAAAUACAAGCUCCAGGUUACCCAUUGCCUUGCAUUUUCAUGGUGGGAAUUUCACGGUCGGCUCCAAAGAGAUGCUGCCUCACUAUCAAGCAGCAAAACUUGUCGACUUGGGCUUUGUGGUCGUUUCUGCUAAUUACCGAUUAUGCCCCACUAUCACGGUGUAUGAAGGACCAGUAUCAGAUGCUUUUGAUGCUUACAAAUGGUCCCAAUCCAAAUUGCCCGACCUGCUGUCAAAUGACGCUGGUGUCAGUGUGGAUGGCUCGCGAAUUGUCACUUUCGGGCAUUCCUGUGGCGCUGCGUUGGCACUUCUAAUGGCUGGUUUAUCUCAUCCACCUCUCGCGAUCCUCGACAUAUAUGGUAUGAAGUACUUUUCAGACCACGUAUACCACAAUGCUGUUUCUCCACCCUCGGCUAGUUCUAAACUCGAUGAUAAUUUUCUGGGCCAAAUAUGGAAUGAUGUUCCUCCUCCAAGCAGCGGUCCUCCUCCAAUGGGACCAUCUGGGCCAGAUUUCACGAACUACCGUGUUGCGUGGAUGUUUGAUGCAUUGCAGAGAGGAACACUAUUGAAAUUGACUGUGGGGGACGAAAACUAUGACCGUGUGGAUCCUGUGUCAUUAUUCUCAAAAGGAAAUUUCCCUCCUACUUAUUUCAUCCAUGGCACCAAAGACACGUUGGUACCAGCAAGAGUCUCACAGCGCGCAUACAACGAUCUCAAGAGUAUCGGUGUCGAGACCGAACUGGUCCUUGUUGAAGGAGGGCAACAUGGCCUAGAUUCGAAUGUGCAGCCUGGGGAUAGUGUAUUCGGUCUUCUGACAAAAGGCUUCGAGUUCCUCAGGGCUCACGUCUGA